AUGAAUAGAUACUUGAGUAGAGAUGUUUAUUACGCUUUAUGGGAUUUCUCGCAGAAGCAUCGACGAGGAAAAGAGAUGAAAAAAGAUGGAAGCAACGUGAUGCGGAUACUUAAAGAGCUACAUCAACAUAACCAUCCUUUAGGGCAUAGCUACUUAAUGGAAGAAAUCAAUUUUCUUACAUAUGGAAUAAUUGAAGAGAAGAAAGAAAGUCUUAAGUUGAGUAAAGAAACGAUGUUGUUAAGUAGGGCAGAAAUCAAUUUGGAAAUUUACGAUCUACAUCUGUUGACUGAUUUAAAUUUAACUUACACAAGGACUCCUACAAUGAAAAUCCUUGCUAAGCCACAGCAUUUAUUGCCAAAACGAAAAAAAAUUAAUGUGCAAAAAAGAGCUGUUAAGACUUUUUAUUACCAAUUCGCUCAAGGAGCGAAAAAAAUCACCUCUAAAACAGGUGAAGUUAAAAUGUGGAUGUUGGAAUCUAGCUAA